AUGGACUCGUCUCAAAACGUUGACGUAAACCAAGCGCUUCUUCAGCCUCAGGCUGAUCAUGGAACGGUACCGAGCCACGGCGAGCUAGAGAGAGUGCUUUCCGACGUCGAAACUCCUCUCUUUCUCCGCCUACGUAAAGCUACGAUGAUCGAGUCAAAGCUCCUCUUCAAGCUCGCUGCACCUGCCGUCAUAGUCUACAUGAUAAACUACCUCAUGUCCAUGUCCACUCAAAUCUUCUCCGGCCAUCUCGGUAACCUAGAGCUCGCAGCCGCUUCCCUUGGCAACACCGGAAUCCAAAUCUUCGCCUUUGGUCUCCUGAUAGGAAUGGGGAGUGCGGUGGAGACGCUGUGUGGUCAAGCUUUCGGCGGGAAAAAAUACGAGAUGCUCGGCGUUUACCUCCAGAGAUCCACCGUCCUACUCACUCUCACCGGCGUCCUCCUCACAGUAAUCUACGUCUUCUCCAAGCCGAUCUUGAUCUUUCUAGGUCAAUCUCCGGAAAUUGCUUCCGCCGCAUCUCUCUUCGUCUACGGUUUAAUCCCUCAGAUAUUCGCCUACGCGGUCAACUUCCCGAUCCAGAAGUUUCUCCAGUCGCAGAGCAUCGUUGCUCCGAGCGCUUACAUCGCAGCCGCCACUCUCUUCAUCCACCUUCUCUUAAGCUGGCUCGCUGUCUACAAGCUCGGGAUGGGUUUGCUAGGAGCGUCGCUUGCUCUCAGCUUCUCCUGGUGGAUUAUAGUGGUGGCUCAGUUUGUUUACAUAGUGAAGAGCGAGAGGUGUCGUGAGACGUGGAGAGGAUUCAGUGUGCAAGCGUUCUCGGGGCUGCCGAGUUUCUUCAAACUCUCCGCCGCCUCCGCCGUGAUGCUCUGCCUUGAGUUUUGGUAUUAUCAGGUAGUGGUUCUCCUCGCCGGACUCCUAGAGAAUCCGGAACUUGCUCUCGACUCACUCUCCAUUUGCAUGACGAUUGUAGGUUGGGUGUUCAUGAUAUCCGUUGGAUUCAAUGCAGCGAUAAGUGUAAGAGUGAGCAAUGAACUUGGAGCUGGGAACCCUAAAUCAGCAGCGUUUUCUGUGAUCAUCGUCAAUAUUUAUUCAUUUACCGCAACUGUGAUCGUCGCCAUUGUUCUUUUGGCAUGCCGUGACGUUUUGAGUUAUGCAUUUACUGAUGGUGAAAAAGUUGCGGCCGCGGUUUCUGACCUCUGCCCGCUUAUGGCCCUAACACUUGUCCUCAAUGGAAUCCAACCCGUUUUCUCUGGUGUGGCGGUUGGAUGUGGUUGGCAAACGUUUGUGGCGAAGGUUAACGUCGGAUGUUACUACAUCAUCGGAAUUCCACUUGGGGCUAUAUUUGGGUUUUACUUCAAGUUCGGUGCCAAGGGUAUAUGGACGGGAAUGCUCUGUGGUACGCUUAUACAAACGGUUAUUUUGGCGUGGGUCACGUUUAGAACAGAUUGGGUAAAAGAAGUGGAAGAAGCUUCCAAAAGAUUGGACAUAUGGAGCGACAAGAAACGAGAAGUAGUUUCCGAAUGA